GAAUAUCAGUUCUCGAAUACGUUGUCUGAACUGAAGCAACUGAUCAGCACACGUCGCGAAACACCGCAUCACGCAGUCGGUUGGUGGAAAUGGGCUAUGACGGGUAUUUUUGGAGUGGCUGAAAUAGUCGUUCGUACCUUCUGA